CCACACAAUCUGAUUCAUCCUUGCCUCAUCUGAGUCAUCUCCCAUCUUCCUUCACUUAACAUUUCAGUUCAUAGUAAUAUAAUACACCAUGGGAUUCUACACACAGAACCUUUUUUCUUCUUUCACCUCAGCUUCAUCAUGGUUCGAGGUGUACGCUGCCUUCUCCACAUUCAUGAUGCUCCUCAGAACAGCAUUCCAUGACCUCAUUCCCCAGCAAUUCCGAUCCCUCAUUGUCUCAAAGCUAGAGUCCUUCUUCACCAAAUACCAACCAAAUAACGAAAUCCGUCUCAAAAUGAACCAAUUUUGGGACGAAAAUUUGGGAGACCGCAAUGAACUUUUCGAUGCUGCCCAGGAGUACCUCCCCACCAGGAUUUCUCACACCUACAAGUCGCUCAAAGUUGGGAAACUGCAAGACGAGAAGCACAUUGAGCUCGCAGUGGAUGGAAGUGAAGACGUUGUGGACGAAUUUGAAGGCACCAAAUUCACUUGGAAGCUGGAUGAAGGGUCCAAAGAGGACUCUAAUAAUCACAACAAGAAGUAUAGCUUUGAAUUAACCUUCAAUGAGAAGCAUAGAGAGAAAGCAUUGGAUCUGUAUAUUCCACAUGUGCUUAAAACAUAUGAAGCCAUAAAAGCUGAGAGGAGGAUCGUAAGGAUCUAUUCCAGGUUAGAUGGGUAUUGGAACGAUAGCGAGUUAUCGCAUCCUGCCACAUUCGACUCACUGGCCCUGAGUCCCGAGUUGAAGAAAGAUAUCAUUGAUGAUUUGGAACGGUUCCAGAGGAGGAAGGAACAUUACAAGAAAGUGGGGAAGCCUUGGAAACGUGGCUACUUGUUGUAUGGACCUCCUGGAACUGGAAAAUCCAGCCUUAUUGCGGCGAUGGCGAACUACUUGAAAUUCGAUGUGUAUGAUUUGGAGCUUACUUCUAUUUAUUCUAACUCGGACCUCAUGCGAUCCAUGAAGGAAGCAUCUAACCGUUCCAUCGUUGUGAUUGAAGACAUAGACUGCAACAAAGAGGUGCAGGCUAGAUCAAGUGGUCUUUCAGACGAUCAAGAUUCAGUCCCUGACAAUGAGGCUGCCAAGGUUAAGACAAAUAGGUUUACUCUGUCGGGUCUGCUUAACUACAUGGAUGGUUUGUGGUCAAGUGGUGGAGAGGAGCGAAUUAUAAUAUUCACUACUAACCACAAAGAAAAAAUAGACCCUGCGUUGUUGCGCCCUGGUCGUAUGGACAUGCACAUUCACUUGUCCUUCCUCAAAGGCAAGGCCUUUCGAGUCUUGGCUACCAAUUAUUUGAAUAUUGAAGGAGAUCAUCCACUCUUUGAAGAAAUUGAUGGACUAUUGGAGAAAUUAGAAGUCACCCCUGCAGUAGUAGCAGAGCAACUGAUGAGAAAUGAGGAUCCUGAUGAUGCUUUGGAAACAUUUGUUACAUUUCUCAAAGAAAUGGACAAGGAUAGUAAUUGCCACUUAGAGUUAAGAGGGACUAGUGAGUAGGGACUUUUGCUGUAUUCAACUUUCCUGUUAAAGUAAUAAGAUGAUUCAUUGAAAUGCUGUUUCCUGUUUCUGUUGAUAAGGAACCUGAAUUGUAAGGAAAAGUUAUUUCAAGGUGUAUUUAAUAUCGGAAUCUUUUGAAUUGGUUUUUCAGAAAGAUCA